AUUUCCCAUCAGGCACCCUGCCGCUUGUUAUGUGUACCCAUAAUUUGUGCUCGGUGGAGUACAUGCUGCCGUUGGUUGUGACAGAGGACGAACUGAAAGAGCAAGGUGUCCAACAUGUCUGUGGAUUGGCUAGGAUAUGGAUACGCAGCCCUUAUUGCAUCCGGGGGAGUCAUCGGUUAUGUGAAAGCAGGCAGUGUCCCGUCCCUUGCUGCUGGUGCUCUCUUCGGCGGCCUCGCAGGUUUUGGCGCCUACCAGAUCUCCAAUGACGCCAAUAAUGUUUGGGUGUCACUCGCUACAUCAGGAGCUUUGACUGGGGUCAUGGGAAAGAGGUUCUACAGUUCGAGGAAGUUCAUGCCAGCUGGCUUGAUAGCUGGAGCAAGUCUUCUGAUGGUGGGGAAGCUUGGUAUGGCAUUGCUCCAGAAACCCCAGGAGUCCUGAUGGAGUUUCUGAUAUGUACCCCAUCUUCUGUUUCAGCAGCAGUCUGUUAGCAUUUGUCAUUUACUGUUGAAUAUGAAUGUCAUUUUGUAAAAGUGUAGAUUUGAGGAUCAAAUAUAAUACCUUGUUUAUAUAAUA